GUUUCUUUUAUUAGCAGUAAUCUUUUGUUCCUACUACCUGACCUUUGUUGCAAACUUCUACAUAUCCUAGCUCCCCCCUCACCUCUUCAGAGCAGUUUUCUCAGGGUUACUUGAGAUGAUGCCUCCCGGGCUCGAAGUCCUAAAAAUUCCUGCCAAAUAAAACAUAACUCUCAACUUUUAGGUUGUGAAUAAUAUUUUAGUCAGCAGGGCAAAGUUUUCUAAUAGCGUGACUUUGUCUGACUAGGUAGCUGUGGAUUCAGAAAAACACAGGAUUCAAACACUGAUCUUCCAGUUAAAAGCCAGGGGUCAAGUUCCCCGUUUUGCUUUAUCAGGUCUGUCAUGGUGCCUGGGAGAAUCUUGUUCUAUUGUCUCUAGACCAUGAAGAGGAUGGAGAGGAACAUGGUCAGGGGACCACUACAGAAGCACUUUGAUUUGGAGAGGGAGAACGCCAAACAGGCUGGCCAAAGACUGCAGAGACUAGAGGAUAUCUGCCUAUACCAUGUGAGGUUGUUGACCAGGGAGCAGAGAUGGCUCCAAAAAGAACUGCAGAGGUUGCAGCAAGCAGGUAUCAUCAAGAAAAAGUUCUCCUCUUACUUUGAGAAGGGAAGUCAGAAGAGACCAGAAGAUGUUCUUAUGUUCUCAUCACAGGGAGGACAGAAGCACAGGGUUCUACAGGCUAAUAAAUUUAGAGCACUGACAACAAAUAUGAUCCAAGAAAUAUACAAAACCAAGUCCCAGAUGCCUCCUUUCCAUCACACUGGUCCCAAGGACCCCAUGAAAAGCAAAAGGCAGUCGCUAUCUCAAAAUAACAGAACUUCCCACUUUAUAGAAGAGAAGCCGCAAGCCCAAGAGAAAUAUUCUAUAAAUCCACUGAAGGGCAAAGACUCCAACAAGGGCAUCUCUCUUCUAUGUCAAGAUCAAGACGUCUCCGCUCACACCCUAGACCAAGGCCCCAGUUCCAGCCCAGCUGGUGGUAGCAGAAUGGCACACAGCGAUGAGACCAGAUCAAAUGAUGCCCACAAAAGGCCAGACCACACCACUGGGAAACAAAUUCCCCUGAAUCCCAUGGAAUGUGGAGGGAACUUCAAAGGCGAGCCCAAAACAUCAACCUAUUCAGAGUUGUUUGCAAAGGCCAGAAACACUCACUACCUCCGGCACCAGGUCCCCCCUGAGUCGAGAUUGCUUAGCACUGGGGAGAUCUCUGGGCACAAGGAAUCCUCACAGUACAGAGCAGAAAAGGGGUGUAAAAACAGGGUGCUAAAUAAAAGAGAUUCUUAUGGUGCCACCUGCUGGCAAAAUGGCGUGGCUCUUCUGUUUGUUUUAGUUUCACAUAUAAAG